CGUCCAGUUAAGGCUUAGGAACGUUGGAGAGGUCUUGUUUCUACCUAGCUUGUGUGACAUGAAGGGGAGGCUCGAGUGUAGGAAGUAUGGCAGCAGAGCGGCGGCACUGUGGCUCAUGCUGCCCCUUCUUGUUCUCGUUGUGCUCAAGAUCGAUUUCCUGCCACAGGUUGCUCGCUUUAGUGAGACCAGAUUUACCAAAGUCGCAGACGAAAUGGUUCACAAGGUUUCAUCCUUAGGUUUGGACGUAGCGAAGUCAGAAGCUGCAGAAGAUUCGAUUGUCAGGCCACCACCUUCUGCAGCAUCAAGAGGCGAGAUAACCGGCAACGUCGUUGCGUCUAAAGAUCCCAACCAACAAAACCAAGUUCUUCGAGCGAACAGGCCAAAAGAUAGUUCUCUAAUUAAUUCACACAUGGCAACACGAAUCAGCAAGUUAACCUGCAACUUCAGCAAUUAUCACACGAACACCUGCACAAUGGAAGGAGACUUGCGCAUCCAUGGAAAAUCCGCCACAGUCUAUGUCGUAUCAGCAUCCACGUUCCGUCCAGAAAAUUCGACGAUCAAGGUCCGCCCAUACGCACGAAAGUGGGAAAAAGAAACCAUGUCCAAGAUUCGGGAGGUGACCAUGCGAUCCAGUCCGCCAGCCGCCAACACCAUUGUCCCACCCCAGUGCACGGUUAGGCACUAUGUGCCAGCGGUGGUCUUCUCUACCGGUGCCUACAGUACAAACUACUUCCACUCCAUGAGCGACAUCAUCGUUCCACUCUACAUCACGGCCCGUGAGUACAACGGCCGUGUCCAGUUACUUGCUACUGACUAUGACUCCAAAUGGGUUGCCAAGUACAGGCCGAUCCUGGCCGCACUAUCCAUCUACCCAGUCAUAGACUUUGACGCCGACACCGCCGUGCGCUGCUUCCCAUCGGCGCAUGUGGGGUUGGAGAGUCACAAGAUACUUGGCAUUGACCCAGGUCUAUCACGCAACGGUUAUACUACGAUGGGCUUCAGAGACUUCCUUCGGUGGACCUACUCGCUGCAGCGGUCAUGGGCGACCCCCAUAAGCAGGAGCUCUGGACAGAAACCUCGGCUCGUCAUGGUUCUGCGGCGCCACUCAAGGGCACUGACAAACGAAGCCGACGCCAUCGCUUCCAUGACAGAUCUCGGCUUCGAUGUGGUUGCUGCGGGACCAGAGGAUGUCCGUGACAUGGACCGGAUCGCGGGGGUGGUGAACUCAUGCGACGUGAUGGUGGGCGUGCACGGCGCUGGGCUGACCAACAUGGUGUUCCUGCCUCACAACGGCACGAUAGUGCAGAUUAUCCCGUGGGGCGGGAUGAAGUGGCCGUGCUGGUAUGACUUCGGCCAACCGGUGCCGGACAUGGGGCUCCGGUAUGUCGAGUACGAGGCGAUAGCGGAUGAGACCACGCUAAAGCACAAGUACCCAAGGGACCACCCCGUGUUUACCGACCCAAUGUCCAUACACCGUAAGGGAUUUCGUGACGUUUGGAAGACCUUCCUUGACGGCCAGAACGUCACGCUGGACAUCGACCGGUUCAGAGGGGUCAUGCAGCAAGUGUACCUGUCCAUCACGACGGAAUAGAUCUAGAGUACUAGUCGCUGAGCUGAUGGAUCGAUCAAUUGUAAUUUUGCUCAUCUGUUGCUGUUUUUUUUUUCAAUUCCUACUCAGGGCCACUAACUUGUAACAUGGCAUGAAAAAUAUUCUUGGAACUGUUCAGAACAAUUA